AUGGGCUACCUCGCAUUCAUCUUCGGCCGGUCCACUUCCGCCCCCGCUCCCCUCCCUGUCGAGGCUGACCUCACCGCCAUUUACGCCCCCAAGAAGCCCGUCGUCCGCCAACCCAACCCUCCCUCCGUCCCCAUCCCCAUCGAGCUCAUCAUGACCAUCCUCGAGUCCGCCUACGAGUCCGCGCAGGCCCCCGAGUACAACGCCUUCCUCCAGAACGCGUCCCUCGUCUCCCGCGAUUGGUCAUACGUCGCCCAGAAGCUCCUCUUCCGCAACGUCUCCCUCGCCACCCAGACCGCAUACAUCGCCUUCCAGCAAGCCGUUGAUCGCGCUACGCCUCGGGGCCGCAUGCUCGGUGACACCGUCGUUCGCAUGAAGGUCACCCUCGACCAGAACCAGCCCUACCGCCUCUCUCACCGCUCCUUCGCCCGCGCCGUCGCCCUCUGCCCCAACCUGUACGAGCUCAGCGUCGGACUCUAUGGUGAAGGUGCGCCCGGUAUGGACAUCAUUGGUGCUCCGGAUGCGUCGCGCAUGAAGCGAACUAUGCCCUCCUUCGACGAGCGCACCCUCUCCAUCCUCCGCGCUGGCCCCAAAAUCUCCGCGCUUCAGUUCAGCAACUGGUCGGACAACAGCGCGUCCCUCCUCCAGCUCCUCGACGUCUGGCCGUCCGUCGUCUCCCUCGACGUCAGCGGUACGACACCUCAGCUGCUGGACGAGACCAUGGAGCCCUAUCCGUGCGCCCUCCGCGAGCUUCGCACCAACUUCCAGACCACACCCUCCGUCGAGUUCAUGCAGUGGCUCCUCCACAACUCCACCGGUCAUCUUCGUGUUCUCGAUCUCGCAAGGGAGCCGACUUCGGACGUAUUGGAGCACCUCCUCGAUACCCACGGCGCCACGCUCGAGUCCCUCGCCCUCCCCUCGUGCGGCACUCACGAGGCUGCCGCGGCGGUGCGCAACUGCACCGCUCUCCGCGAGCUCAAGAUCGAGAGCGCAUGGGCGGCGCCGAUGCUCUACAAGGCGCUCCCCUCCGGCCUGCAGCACCUCGCGUUCGGCGUCGACGCGGACACGCCCCUCGCGCCGGUCGUCCAGGCGGUUAAGCGCAGCAAGGACCUGCGCGCGCUCACUGUCCAAGUCUGGCACAGCGGCUUGGCGCACCCGCAGCUGCCCGCGCUCAAGAUCGCGUGUGGCAUUCAGGGCGUGGACUCCGGCUCACGAACGACGUCCCGGCGUUCCCGUGGCGAUCCCGUGCCUGCCUCGACGUACCCGCGCACGCGCACCCUCGACAACCUUGUCUACAUGGCUUCUCACACCUCGCACAACGCCCUCACGACCGCCGUCGCCUGCUGCUAA